AGCAAGCGUUGAUAUCACAACUGUCGAUGUGAAUCGGGUCCGUAUCGCAACGAUGAUGGCGCUACUUUCGGCGUACGGAUGCACCUAUCGAAUGCGAUGCGUCGAUAGUGGUCAGAAGUUCCUUGCAGCAUUCUCAAACGCAAAUUGUAAGCGGCAGUUCGCAAAACAUGCAAUGCUUGGAGGCUUGAAAAAAUACCGCGAGACGAUGAAGCAGUACGUCUCGCAGGAUGACUCCCGGGCCAGCAUAGUUGCUAUGGAUCACACUCUCAAUGUCUUGCAGAACGGGCUACCGCGGACACGAGACGGCGUAGAGCGUGCUGCCACCUUUUUAGCGAAUCAGACGGCGUUCCAGAAUCUGUGGCCUGACACAACCACGUCGGUGGAGCGCUUUUUCAGGAUUCCGAAAUGGCUGCAGAGACGUUUCCGUGAGGGACAGUGGAGAGGAACUCCUGCAUUAAG